UAGAGGGGACGGGAGGAGAGCCUGUAGUGGGCUGGGCGCGGCGGAGAGCGCGGCGGGCAGGUGUUUUCAUCUGGCAAAAAUGAGUGAACCUCAGCAAGUGAGUGCCCUUCCUCCACCUCCAAUGCAAUAUAUAAAAGAAUACACUGAUGAAAAUAUCCGUAAAGGCCUCGCUCCAAAGCCGCCUCCACCUGUGAAGGACAGUUAUAUGAUGUUUGGUAAUCAGUUUCAAUGUGAUGAUCUGAUUAUUCGACCUUUGGAGAGCCAGGGCAUUGAACGAUUACAUCCUAUGCAGUUUGAUCACAAGAAAGAAUUAAGAAAGCUUAAUAUGUCUAUCCUGGUGAACUUUUUGGACCUCUUGGAUAUCUUAAUAAGGAGUCCAGGGAGUAUAAAGCGAGAGGAGAAACUGGAAGACUUGAAACUGCUUUUUGUUCACGUCCAUCAUCUUAUAAAUGAGUAUCGUCCUCACCAAGCUAGGGAAACGCUGAGAGUUAUGAUGGAGGUGCAGAAACGUCAGCGUCUGGAAACAGCAGAGCGAUUUCAGAAGCACUUGGAGCGAGUUGUAGAGAUGAUUCAAAACUGCUUGGCUUCCUUGCCUGAUGAUUUGCCUCAUUCAGAGGGAGGGCUGCGAGUGAAAGUGGAAAGAAUGGAUACUGAUGAUGGUGGCAACUGUAUUGGACAGAGCGAAAAGCAGAGAGAGCGUUUGGGUGGCAAGAGAGAUCAGGUUUUAGACAAAGAUGCAGCUAUGUGUAGCAUAAUUGAUGAAAUGACAUGAAGAGAACACUUGUUUGUGAGCUUUGAGAACGCUUGUUUGAGAGGCAGAAGGGGUUCAGAGUGUAUGUAUAAUAUUUUGGUUUGCUGUCGUACAAGCUGACACAGUGUUUACUGCACACCUCUUGGAGGCUGUGAGUGACUAGACAGAUGAAAAUGUUUAAUACUUUGAGUUGCGUGUUUAUUGUUAGAAACAAAAAAGUCUACUUUUUGCUGAAUGUAUCGUGAAGUGGUAGCCACAGAUUAAAGUCAUCUUUUUCUGUUGUA